AUGUGUGUGUGUGUGUUGGUGCCAAACCACAGCACAGAAUAUAUCAAAUCACUGACUGGAAAAGCAAACCGGGAUUCGGUAAGAGGCAAAGCCAAGGGAAGAGAGAGCACCAUCACCACCACCAUCCAUCUUCUUUCGCUUCUUCUCUUCUUUCUUCCUCCCCUUCCCCCCUCUCCACGCACCACCUAUACUGAUACCGACCCAACAACGUAUAACGUAACAAAUUACUAUUGUCGGAUAUGUGUGUUUCGAAAGCUGACUAAAAAAUUGGACAACAAGAACAAGAACAAGAAUUUAUUACUUAUACAAUACUAUAUUUCAAUAUUAAACUUUAUCAACUUAUAUAAUGUUAUAUUAUAUUAUAUUAUAUUAUAUCAAUAUCACAUCAAUAUUAUAUCAAAUAAAAUUAAGUUACUUUGGUACCACUUUAUUAAAACCCUCUUCGUAUUACUCGCUAUACAUUGGUUCGAACAGAAACCUGGUUUAGCAUUAGACACUAUAGAUUUUGAUUUUGAUUUUGAUUUUGAAUUUGAAUUUGAUUCCAAUUACUGCUUCAAAUCAUAUAUUGUUCGACUGUACACUAAUCUGAAUACUAUUUUUUUUACUAGGUCCAAACUGUUGUUGAACAUUGAUUAUUAUAUUAUAGUUUGUAAUUACGAAUAA